AUGAAUAUCAGGAAAUUCCUCACACGAAGCAGAGACAGGGAAGCAGUAAAACAAGAUGAGAGAGAGGGAGAGAAUGAGAAUGAAGGUGCUGGAGUAGGAAAGGGAGGCGAGACUGACAGGCAAGAGACAGAGACAAACCUGGAGACAUAUUUGGAGGAUCUGGGAUUGGAACAGUUGCACUGCAAGCACCUGUCCCUAAGUGAGAUACUUGAGAUCAAUAAGAAGACCAUCAAUGAUGAGCCCCCCAAGAGUAAAUCUGAUGUUUCAUGGUAUUUCCUUAAGAAGCUGAUGAUGGCAAAUAUAACAGCUAGAAAGUUAAAAUGCACACCAGCUUCUGAGUCAAACUGUGAAGAGACAUUAAGUGCUGAAGAGUUUGAUUUUGAUCUGCUCGUAUGUCCAAACAAGGAUGAGUCACUAAAUCCUCUUGAUAUAAUCACUGCUCUCUUUCUGUGCUCUGAUGGGUUUGUUCAGCAAGAACUGGCCCUAAAAAUGUCCAUGUGUCAGCUUUCUGUUCCUCUGCUUCUUCCUUGUUGUGAUACAAAGCAGUGCACCUUCAUGCUGUGGGCCAUGAGAGACAUUGUUAAGAAGUACAGACCUCCAGAUCUUUCAGAAUCAAAGGGCUUCAUAGAAGAAAGAAUAGUGACCUCUGAACUUCCUAUGGUCUCUUUUGUGAGACUGGGUGAGUGCUCCAUGUCCAAAUCAGAAAUCCUUAACAAACUUCUAAGCAACUCUGAGCAGUACCAUGACACCUUCGUACACCACAACAUGGAGUGUGGAGACAGUCCAAGAAGAAUAUCCAAUGGACUGACUGAAAUUACCUGGUACCUUCCAUGUGGAAACAAAAGCAUGGACAUUUUCAGUGAGCCAGUAGCUAUAGCUAACCUUCGCGGUGACAUAGCUACAUUUGAAACACAAUUCUCCUUUUUGUGCCAGACAUCUGCUGCUGUUUUUGUGUUCUUUGAUGAGCUGGAGCAGCUAGGAUCACAGUUAGAAUUGCUGGCUAACACAAACCACAAAGCAAAAAUAUGCUUGUUGGGAAACCAACAGAGCAAGAACUUUAGAGUCGAUAAUCUAAAAAAAUUGGCAACCAGUUUGGCCUUAACUAAUAACAACAUUCUAGUAAAGACCAAAGAGAUAAAUGAUGCAGACUUUGUCAAACUAUUGAGAAAAAGGGUCAGUAAUGUACUUCAUUUGGACCACAAGAUGUCUUUAGAGAAGAUGUCUGAUGUUGCCCAGGAACUUGGAAUCAUUGUUGAUGAACACUCUUCAGUGUGCCAGGCUGGAAAGAUGAAUGCAAAUGCCAUCACUGCAGCGAUUCAUGACACACUGAAAUUCAAAGAAGAUCAGCUUCCUUUACAGGGUCAAAUAUGGAAGGAGUUGACUUGCUUGGAAAAGGAAGAAUUUCGUCUUCGAAAUGUUGGUUCAGAAAACAUAGAAAAUUAUAAAUGCAGACUUCAGGAUAAGAUAAAUGAAUUACGGAAAAAGCAGAAUGAUAACGAUAUGUCUGAAGCAAUGACAUGCUUUAUCAAUGCCAUAUCUACUGAAGAGCCAGAAAGGUGCUACUUCCUGAAAUGGAUGAGAAUGAACCUUGAUAAUCAGUCUCGCAUAAAACUCUCUAGCCUAAGGGAGAGGUACAAAGAGAAGAGCAGGGACUCUGAGAACAAACAAGAGAUCAAAGAAAUAGAUAAACAACUUUCCAAUAGCUCGUUGGGAGUUGAGCACUUCUUCCGUGAGAUGGGUCAGAUCUACGAAGCUUCUCUUUCUCUUCCAGAAAAUAACUCAUCACGUCAACAACUGCAACAUCUGCCUAAACUCUGUGCUCAGUUGUUGCUGGAUGGAUUUCCUCUUGAGCUUGUAGAUGGAGAUGCUUCAAGCAUACCUCUCAGAUGGGUGACUGAUGUUCUCUAUCAGCUCAAUCACUUGGUGUCUCCUAAGAACAAGAUAGUGGUCGUCACAGUUCUUGGAGUUCAGAGCACAGGGAAAUCCACCCUCCUGAACACCAUGUUUGGAGUGCAGUUUGCAGUCAGCAGUGGUCGAUGCACUAGAGGUGCCUUCAUGCUGUUCAUCAAAGUCAAUGAAGACUUCAGAAAUGUUCUAAACUGUGACUUUGUGUUGAUCAUCGACACUGAAGGCUUAAAGUCUCCUGAACUCGCUCAACUGGACAACAGCCAUGAACAUGACAAUGAGCUGGCAACACUUGUUGUUGGGCUGAGUGAUAUCACUAUUAUCAAUAUUGCAAUGGAGAAUUCAACAGAAAUGAAAGAUAUCCUGCAGAUAGUGGUGCAUGCUUUCCUCAGGAUGAAGGAGGUCGGCAAAAAGCCCAGAUGUCAGUUUGUUCACCAGAAUGUUUCUGAUGUUUCAGCUCAUGAGAAGAACCUACGAGACAGAAAGCUGCUCCUAGAACAGCUGAAUGAGAUGACCCAGGCAGCAGCUAAAAUGGAAAAGAGAGAGAAGAACAAGAAAUUCACUGAUGUGAUGGAGUACAAUCCAGACACUGGGAACUGGUACAUUCCUGGACUCUGGAAUGGAAACCCACCAAUGGCACCAGUUAAUGCAGGGUACAGUGAGGCUGUCUAUGAGCUCAAGAAAAACAUCAUCCAGCUACUGGGAAAGUGUGAAUCAACUUCUAAUAACAUCUUGGAGUUCAGAGAGUGGAUAACCAGCCUGUGGAAUGCAGUAAAACAUGAAAACUUCAUCUUCAGCUUCAGAAACAGUCUGGUAGCUGAUGCAUACAUGAGGCUCUCCACAGAGUACAACAAAUGGGAGUGGGAGUUCAAAAAAGGAAUGUACAACUGGGCUACUAAUGCAGAAAAUAAAAUUUCUAAUUUUGGUACAGUUGCUGCAACAUCUGACAUAUCUGACAUGGAGAACUUUAUCACUGUGUUAGAAAGUGAAGCAGUCACAGUGCUGAUGAAGUUGGAAUCAAUGAUUCUUGAGAACCUGAAGAAAUACUUUGAGCAGCCAGAAGGUCAUGUUUACCUGGUUGAAAGAUACAGAGAGGAUUUCUCAAACAGCAUAAAGAGUCUUAGAGGAAAAACUGAAAGAUCAGUUUUUAAGCAGCUCAGAGUAGCAGCGGACAUCAAACAGGGAAAGCAAGAACUGGAUAAAAUUAAAACCAACUAUACAGAAAAAAUUGAAAAAGCAGUUUGUGCUUUAAUUGAUGAGUGCCGUAAGAAUAAAGUUGAAAUGACAGACAGAGAGCUAGAGGAAAGUUUUGAUAGGAUGUGGACUAAAACAUUGGACACCUUGUCUUUUGCUGCACCACAGACUUUAGAUAUCUAUGCGACUGUUUACUGUCAGUUGCAAACAAAUCUUUCACCUAAAGGCGGCCAUGCAUGUGAACUGUUAAGUAAAAAAAGACUUCAAGACUGUGGAUUGGAGCCUUUUACAUACACACCUAAAGGAAUACGGAAAAACAUGAAAGUUGCUUUGAAAGGAUGGUGGUCUGAGAAGGAUAUAGUAAAGGAGAGACAAAACAAUGCAAACAGCAUCAUAGCUGAUUGCAGUGAGUUUGUGUUAAGAAAAAUGGAAAGGAAAACAAAUUAUCAUGAUACUUAUAUCCAGGAGAUCCUUUACCUCAUUGAUGAGAAGCUGAACAAUGAUGAUGUUAACAGGGACACUGAGUUUGAGGUUUCUCUGAAGCUGCACAUCUGUGGAUCUGCUGCUAGAGAGUUUGAAAAAAUGCACAAAGAUUUUAUACAAGCAAAUGAUCCUAAGAGAUGUCUGCAGAAAAACAAGGAAAAGUUCUGCAUAGAUUUUAAAGAUGUGUUCAAUGAGAGAGAUCAGUGCCAGAAGAAAGCUGAAGAAUUCACCAACCAAUGUCUGAAACCUGCUGUGGAGGACUUUGUCUAUCGUUCUCUUGGUUCAGAUAUUGUUGAUAAAAUGCUGACAAAAGAAGAGUUCAGCACACGGAUGUCCUUCCAGUGUUCAAUAUUACUGGAUUUAAUAAAAAAAAAAAACUUUGAAAGCUUUCAGAGAUACAUUUGCUUAUAUGAAGAUUAUGUAAAAGUUUGGAUAGGUGAUAGAAUUAAGGAGAGUUUCUCCUCUGAGUUCUCAGUAUGUGAGUUAGAGGACAGACGUCUUCAGUCCUGCAAUGAAGACAUAAAUGUUGCCAUUGAAAAAGCAAAAACAGAAAAGACUGACAGUCUGAAGACAUUUGUUGAAAAUAUCUGCAAAGAACUUGGUGAUAAACUGGUAAUUCCCCAGGAUGCUCUCAAUGCCUUUAUGGUUCUGAACAAAGCUGACCAGGAACAGUUUGCUCACUGGCUCAAUGAGUGUGUGAAGGAAAUAAAAGAAGCUCUUAAGGAGCAGUUUAAAAACACAGACUUUGAAACAAAACUCAGACAGGUCCAUUUAAACACACAGGAUGAGCUUUUCAACAGAGUGGUUGGUUGUGGCAAACAGUGUCCAUUCUGUAAAAUACCCUGUGAUGCAGGAGGAGCAGCUCACAGUGAACACUUUGCUUCCCUGCAUCGACCAAAGGGUUUGGGUAGGAACAGGUUUGAACAUUCAAGAAAGCUUACAACUGACAUCUGUUCUUCUGCUGUCAUCAGUGACAACAGUUUUCGCUGUAGCGCUACAAACAAUGAAUGGCAUCCUUACAAAGACUAUAGCAAGAUUUAUCCAGACUGGAAAAUUACUCCAGAUUCAAGUUUUGAGGCAUCAGAUUAUUGGAAAUAUGUGAUGAACAAGUACAACAAGGAAUUUGCUGAAGCAUAUGAAGCGAAGCCUGCUAAGAUUCCUGAUGGUUGGAAGAAAAUCACAGUAGAGCAGGCAAAGGAAAGUCUCAAGAAAUCAUUCAGCAUCAAGUGA